AUGAACUCCCAGCUGUACCAGCCAGCAACCAUCUUGCAAUAUGUUGCCAUUCUCGCAGCAAUAUAUGUGUUCCUGAACGGCCCUUUCUCUGGCAACUCCCAAACUCAAUCCUCGUCUGACGAGAGUUAUGAUAUGCCAUUGUCUCAAGAAAAGGCAGAGCAACUCGUCUACCCAGAGGCGAACUUACAAUGCGAUCAUCAUCCUUACGGAGUUCACAUUUUCUCGAGGAGUCCCCUGAUCAUAUACGUUCCGCAUUUCCUAUCGCAGGCAGAGUUGAAGCAUAUGAUAGACAUAAGCGAGGACAAAUGGGAGCCUUCAACCAUUUACAGCAACAAUGUUGAAGCCUCAGACACGAGCAUCCGCAAAUCAGACAAGGCCAUGAUCGAACGUGACAAUACCGUUCAAUGCAUCGAGAAACGAGCCCUCGACUUCCAAGGCUGGCCAGUGGACACCUUCAUCGAACGAUUCUGGACACAAAGAUACACCACAUCUGGCCACUACGCCCAUCACUACGACUGGGCGUUUGCAUCCAAGACAGCGCAUCGCGUCAGUACUUUCAUGGUCUACAUCGAAGCAAAUUGUACUGGUGGAGGCACCAACUUCCCGCUUCUCACUAGACCCAAGGACAAGCGUUGGUGUGAGUUUAUCGAUUGCAAUGAGCCUGAGCAGAACGGUGUCACGUUCUUGCCCAAAGCUGGAGGCGCUGUGUUUUGGGAGAACUUUGAUGUCGAUGGCAAGGGGUGGAAGCAAGGCCUUCAUGCUGGCAUGCCUGUGCACAGCGGGGUCAAGAUUGGACUGAACAUCUGGAGUUGGUAUCAAAAAGGCCAUCAAGCAGUUGUUGGAGGAGAUGCGCCUAAGGAUGAAAUAUAA